AUGUUAAAAUCAGUUUAUCACUCUUCUUGGAAGAACUCUCAAAAGGUCUCUCUCAACUCUCAAGCCUUUGGUGGCGUACUCCAGAUAAAUGGAUAUGACUUGACAAAAAUACACACUGUCUCACAUUUGAUUUAUAUUCCAUUAUCAACUUCAGAACUAUAAGUAUUAAUUAAUUCCCUCAAUUCUACUUGUUUGUUAAUGGUUUUCCAAUGACAACACCUUCUUCUAUAUCCAUCACUAUCUCAACCUAUACUCACCAACAAAACCCAAUUACAACACCAACAUGUAAAUUCCUCAUAAAAUCACCUCAACCCAUCAAAUUUUACCAUCUGAAAUGCACAAAAAUGAGUUCUUUUCCUCAAAAUUGUUCAAACAUAAAGUUGUGCACUUUUAGAAAUCAAGGGUUUUUACAUGGAGUAAGAACAAGUGAUUUGAGACGGCAAAAGAGAGUGGUAUUGGUUAAAUUCAAUCAGUUUCCUAAUUUUAAUGGUGGAAAUGAUAAGAGAGAUGAUGGUACUAGUGCUAGAGUGUUGGUUAAUCUUGCUUUAGCUGUGGGAUUGACUUAUCUUACUAUGACUGGCCAACUUGGUUGGGUUCUUGAUACUAUUGUCUCUCUUUGGUUGCUGGCAAUAAUCGUACCUGUAGUUGGCUUUGGAAUAUUCCUCUGGUGGGCAGGAAGAGACAUAAUUCAAGAUUCUUGUCCAAACUGUGGUAAUACUUUCCAGGUUUUCAAAUCAUCUCUAACUGAUGAACUUCAGUUGUGCCCGUACUGUAGUCAACCCUUUUCAGUGGAAGAGAAUGAGUUUGUAAAAGAACCUCUCAAGUCCUCCAAGCGUUCUACUCCAUUUGGACAAACAUCUGACGACUUCUCACCUUGGUCUAAAAAAGGAAAGAAUGCUUCGACAUCUGUUGUUGAUAUUGAAGCUGAAGUGAAAGAUGCGGAAUAAAGCUAACAUGAUCUUGUCUCUGUAUGGAGUUAUGGUUCACGGUUGCUGUCUGAAAUCAUAGUGCGGUUCUCAUCCGAGCUUACGUAGACGGGUCAUGUUUCUCAGCAGUCAGGUCUGGUGUAACAAAUUCCACUUCUGUAAGUUGCACAUAUUGCAAGGAAAGUAUACUACUUAUAUUGUCAAGUUACAUGAAUUGAUUAUGUAUUAGCUUAUCAUGUAAUGGAACUUGUAUAGAAUUGUAUAGUUAUGUUAAUCAACUUGAUACAUUAUUACACACCAAGAUUUAAUAGAAUCAUUUAUUUUCAA